AAUAAAUAAAAGCUGUCAGUCGACAGCGGCAGCAGCAGCAAUGUGUGGAAAAGUCUGCUUUUUCAUUCUGAGUGGUUUUAACCACCGGAGUAUGUGAAAUUAAAACGUUCAACCGUGCUGCUGUUGUUAGUAUGACGAAUAAAACUAAAGCAAAGUUUUGGAAAAGGUUCAAAUUCCAAACCACGUCAACUCAUCUGUCGUGGCAGCCGCAGGAGUCUCUGUCUGGACACAAAGAAACGGAGGAAGAUUUAAACCAGCAGGGUCAUUCAGGUCCUUGGACAUCCUGUGAUUCCUGAUACUUCUGCUGUAUCGACCACAGCAAGGACUCAGCACAGUUAUGCCAGCUUUCCUCUGACAGGCUUUCUCACAAGAUGGACUCAGACUGCUGCCCUGUUGAUCAGCCAGCCUCUGCACCCACAGCGCCCACACUGUCUGACUCAGUCCCUGUUAAUGGAGUCUCUGAAGUCAGCAGUCUGACAGCAACGGCUCCUCCAGGUUCAGAGGCAGAGGAUCUGGAGACCUACAACCUGAUCGAGCCUCCUCCGUUGGACUGGAGGUCGGACUCCUCCAGUGAGGCGGGUUCAGCAGAUGAUCUGGACGACUCCAGCCUGCCCCCCUCGGCCGACAGUCUGGACAAGGCAAGUGUAGGUGAGUCAGUUUUGUCACCUCUGGACGUGAGAGACGUUUUAACUCCACUCGACGUGAAACAGCAAGAGCUCGUGGCGAAUAUUGCAGAGCCAGUGCAAGAUGUUGAGGUGGAUUUGGAAGAAGAGGAUGAGGCAGUUGAGGAGGAGGAGGAGGUAGAGGUGAGGGCUGAAGGCUUGGAGGGUGUAGAGGACGACCAGGAGGAGGUGACAUUUAGGGAGGCUGAGGAUAAUAUCAGUGAGGGGUUCGAGGUCGCAAACACAAGAUCAACUGAUGAAGACCACAGCCGCAUCCACACCCUGCUCAGCCAGCUCCAGCUAAUGGGGGAAGAGCCUCAUCCCAGUCACCAGACGCCACCUCACUGUCACUAUCCCGGCCUGUCCGAGCUGGAAGCAUGCGCUCCUUCCCUGUUAACAGACGACAGUACUGAAACCACGGGGCUGCUGUUCUCUGAAAGCCACCAGAGAGACCUGCUGGGACUGCUGCAGUGCACAGAGAUCAGCGCUACACCCCGUCCCGCCCGCCUCGCCCACAGAGGGGAGGUAGACGCCGUGGUGUCAGUCUCCUACAGCCAGGAGGACACUCAGAGGUUCUGGGGUCACUACGGGAACCAUCAACAGCAGCGACACAGGGAGGACUCCCUCAACUCCCUGCCCGACGAUGAGUAUCCUGAGCCGGUGUGGAUGAAGCUGGGGGAGGAGCCUCCGGAGAGAGAAGCUGCUGCAGAGAGCGAGCAGAGUGCUGAUGACCAACCUUCAUAUAAAAAUGUGCCUGGUCCUUGUGACCCUGAGGACCUGUUAGAUGGAGUGAUAUUUGGUGCCAAGUAUCUGGGCUCCACUCAGAUCAAAUCAGAGAGGAACCCAUCGACUAACGCUCGCAUGGCCCAGGCUCAGGAGGCUGUGGACCGAAUAAAGGCUCCAGAGGGAGAAUCUCAGCCAAUGACAGAAGUGGAUUUAUUCAUCUCCACUCAGCGAAUCAAAGUGCUCACUGCUGACACACAGGAAGCCAUGAUGGAUCACGCUCUGCAGAUGAUCUCCUACAUCGCCGACAUUGGCAAAAUCGUGGUCCUGAUGGCACGAAGAAAGCGCAAAGGGCAAGAAGAUGACCCAGCCACUUCCUCUUCAUCCUCUGGGCCUCAGAAGAAGUGCUUAAUGAUCUGCCAUGUCUUCUCCUCUGAGGAUGCUCAGGUCAUAGCCCAGGCUAUCGGGCAGGCGUUCGGAGUGGCUUACCAGCAGUUCCUCCAGGCCAACGGCAUCAAGGCCAGCGAUCUGAGGCCGGGCGAGUACAGUGAAUACCUGGAAAGUCAGGAGCUCUACAACGGAGAUCUGGCCCACUUCUCUGACUCGCAGAACCUCCGAGAUGUCGCCAUCACCAAGGCUCCUGGAGAGAUCUUGGGACUGGCAGUCGUGGAGUCGGGCUGGGGCUCCAUCCUGCCCACGGUGGUCGUGGCCAACCUCCUUCACGGAGGCCCGGCUGAGCGCUGCGGCGAGCUCAGCAUCGGUGACCGCAUCAUGUCUGUCAAUGGCACCAGCCUGGUGGGUCUGCCCAUCACCACCUGCCAGAACAUCAUCCGGGACCUGAAAAGCCAAAAGUAUGUGAAGCUCAGCAUAGUCCACUGCCCUCCAGUCACCAUGGCGAUUAUCAGGAGACCAGAACCUAAGUUUCAGCUGGGCUUCAGCGUGGAGGACGGCAUCAUCUGCAGUUUGAUGCGAGGUGGUAUAGCGGAGAGAGGAGGAAUCCGUGUCGGGCAUCGUAUCAUUGAAAUCAACGGGCAGAGUGUGGUUGCAACGCCACAUGACAAGAUCAUCCAGAUCCUGACAAAUGCUGUCGGAGAGAUUCACUUGAAGACGAUGCCAGCCUCAACGUAUCGACUGCUAACAGGACAAGAGCAGCCAGUGUUUCUUUGAGCACCUCCUGCUUCACAAGGACAAACAUACUGCACAGUGUUAAAGCUACAGAAGCUUUUGCCAAACUCAGAAAAUAUUAUGCAAUUGAUCACACAGCGUAUUCUAAGCUGUUGUCACACCACUGAAUACCAUAAACUUAGACUAGCUCUAUAUUUUUAAGAUGUAAAGUGCGUUUGAAUAUGAAAGCGUAAUUUAAAAUGACAGGGAUAGAUGAUAGUUCUCCAUUUAUAUUUAUCAGAUAUUUAACUGUUCAGGUAGUAGCUGAGAUGCUAUAAUGUAAAAGCGCAAUAUUUUUUGACUUCACUAACUUACAUAGUGGUGAAUAGCAUCAUGUAUCCUCCAGUUCAUGAGUCUUCCAGCCUGGUGUGCCUGAGCUAAACAUGCUUGGAGGAGGAGCCGUUUUAAAUCAGGACAAAGGGUCUGUGUAUUUCAUACGUAUCUACAAGUGUCUGCCACAAGCGAAGAGAAGGUUAUUUACUACAGUGCUCUGGUUCAUUCGCACAUGCUCCACUGACUGUGCCUGACAUGACGUAGAUAUCAUGCACAAUUCAAGGUAACUGCCUUAUUUGAUAGAGAGAUGCUUAUAUUUUUAAGAAUUUGCUGUUUUGGAUGUUCAUUAAACAAAUCUGUAAGAUGUC